GUCAUGUGUGGUUCCCGUGUUUUUCGGACAGAUCUCCUGUGUAUCAAGUUCAUUACCGGGAUACAAUUAAUUGCGUCAGGGAAAUAAAUCAAUUCUUGAACAAGUUACACACUGUUGUGAGAAGUUCACGAAAAUAUUUAGGCUGUUUUUCGAAGGUUCAUGUCUGAAUUCAGAUAGCAGAAGUUUAAACAAAGGACAGCUCAUGAAAAUGCCAAUGAAGAAACCUUUCCCAUCAAGCGAGAGCUCGGACGAUUCUGAUGAUUUCAGCCCAAAUGCAAAACGAGCUAAAUUAGAGAAAUCUAGUGACGAAUACGUUGCAAGAAGGGAGAGGAACAAUAUUGCUGUACGUAAAAGUCGUGAAAAAAGCCGUGCUAAAGCAAAAGAGACUCUAGCUCAGGUUGACAAGCUGAGGAAAGAGAAUGAGAUGUUAGAACAGAAGGUUACGAUUCUUUCAAAGGAAUUAAGCGUAUUGAAGGAUUUAUUUCUGGCCCACGCUGGCAAUGUCAGUGAAGUCACCUGUCCGACACCACCACCAACUACAGUGACGGUUCAGGUUACAGCUUCAGCUGAUCAUCAAUACUCGGUGAAAGCACAGGAAAAUUGACUCAGGGAGUGUUCACAAACAUUGGAGAUCAUGUACAUUAUUUCAGACAGUCUCUUCAUACUUCUCCUGUGUUUUGUUUAUAUUGUGAUCAUGGUGAACCAUAUAGACAGAAGCUAUCUCUUAGAACUGUCAUUAAUAAAUUUUAAAAGAUUUACCGGUAGCUAGCAUCGAUUCAUGAACUUAAAUGUUAAAAGUCAUAACACUAGUAUGGGUCUCCCAAAUAUCAAACAAUUCUCGUGAUUCAUUAUAUAUAUUAAUCAUUUAGGAUUAAUCCCGGUUAUAUUUAACAUGGACAGGAUUUCUUCACUUGGACAGCUAUACGGUGUUUUGUUGUUGUAUUAUGUACAUUUUAUUUAAAAUUAAAAGUAUCAUUGAAACAA